UACAGUUAUAGAAUCUCUAUGUGUGGAAAUAUGUCCUUCUGCCCAACAACUCCAUACCGACCCUGUAGAGAGUAUGCCAGCCAAGCCCAUUCCUCUACAAUUACCCCUGACUUAUGUACCACUAUGGGCAUUUUUAGCAUGUUCAAUUCACUUAGCCUGCAUAUCUUUGGAUUGUGGGAGGAAACCGGAUCACCCGGAGGAAACCAACACAGACACGGGGAGAUUGUGCACACUCCACAUAGACAAUAGCCCCAGGAUGGGAUUGAACCCGGGUCCCUGGUGCUGUGAGGCAGCAGUGCUAACCGUUGAGCCACCAUGCCGCCCCCUUAUAUUUCAACAGUCUUUCAACUUUAAACACAUUCAUCACGGUCUUCCCAGAGGAUCAGACUGUUCUCUCUCAUUAGAGAUGGCUGGUGGUGGUUUAUCUUGAGGGUCACCACACCUCAGCCGAGGGGAAAGGCCGAGAAGGAGAUCCUCACAUUUCUCCAACUUGGGUGAUACAUAAUGUAAUAAGGUGAAAGGGAAUAAUGGACAAAGCACUGAAAACAACGCUGACUCUAAUUCAGCAAAGUAUUUGAAGAUCUGAAGACUGAAGUUUAAAAAUCAACAGAUGAAGGGCCUAUGCCUGAAUCGUCGAUUCUCCUGCUGUUUGGAUGCUGCCUGAUCUGCUGUGCUGUUCCAGCACCGCACUUUUCAACUCCUCUCCAGCCUCUGCAGUCCCCACUUUCACAUCAAUGUCUGACAGUCACUCAAUCCAUCGGGACCUCAACGAUUUUCAACUAUGAUUCUGUGAGAAGGAGCAAAACAUUUUGGUUCCUGUUUCAGACCAUUUUCAGCAUCAGCGGGACUGGAUGAGAGUCUCUACUGUUACAGCGCACUUUGUGUAAAGCCUGAAACAGUUAUACGGCCAGGAAAGAGGAAUUUACUGUGGGCAGGGGCCAUACAUGGGGCUGUAGCUGCGGCCAUGGUGAAACCAGAGGAAUCCCACACUGUGGAGAAACCGUGGAAGUGUUGCGACUGUGGGAGAGGCUUCCAUGCCCCAUCUGUCCUGGAGAUUCAUCGGCGAACUCACACCGGGGAGAGGCCAUUCUCCUGCCCCGAGUGCGGGAAAGGCUUUACCUGCUCCUCCCACCUGCUGGACCACCGCCGAGUCCACACUGGGGAGAAGCCAUUCUCCUGCCCUGAGUGUGGGAAGGGCUUCACCUACUCCUCCCACCUGCUGGCCCACCAGCGUGUCCACACUGGGGAAAGGCCCUUCCCCUGCUCUGAGUGUGGGAAGGCCUUCAGCAAAUCCUCGGACCUGCUGAAGCACCAACGGGUCCACAGAGGGGAGAGGCCAUUCAGCUGCCCUGAGUGCGGGAAGGCCUUCAGUGAUUCCUCUACCCUGCUGAGGCACCAGUGGGUCCACAUCGGGAAAAGGCCGUUCUCGUGCCCUGAGUGCAGGAAGGGCUUCACCCGCUCUUCCGCUCUGCUGACCCAUCUGCGGGUCCACACGGGUGAGAAGCCCUUUAGCUGCCCUGAGUGCAGGAUGGCCUUCAGCAGGUCUUCCCACCUGCUGAGGCACCAGCGAGUCCACACUGGGGAGAGGCCGUACUCCUGCCUCCAGUGCGGAAAGUGCUUUACCCAGCCCUCCAACCUGCUGACCCACCAGCGGAUCCACACCUGCGAGAGACCGUUCUCCUGCCCCGAGUGCGGGAAGGGUUUUGCUGUUUCCUCCCACCUCGUGGCCCACCGGCGGGUCCACACGGGGGAGAGGCCAUUCAGCUGCCCCGAGUGCAGGAAGGCCUUCAGCGAUUCCUCUGCCCUGCUUAGGCACCAGCGCGUUCACACCGGAGAGAAGCCGUUCUCCUGCCCAGAGUGCGGGAAGGGCUUUACCCGCUCCUCCACACUGCUGACCCACCAGCGGGUCCACACAGGGGAGAGGCCAUUCAGCUGCCCUGAGUGCAGGAAGGCCUUCAGCGAUUCCUCUGCUCUGCUGAAGCACCAGCGAGUCCACACCGGGGAGAGGCCCUUCAGCUGCCCUGAGUGCGGGAAGAGGUUUACAUUUUCCCGCAACUUGCGGAAGCACCAGCGGGGGCACCAGCACUCUCAACAAUCAGAUUCCACCACUGACACUGCUGUGAGUCCCCCCCAGGACUGAUUCUCCUGACAGUGGGUGCAGUGGGAGAGUUGGUGCAAUGUAUUUGUUUUCCGUUGGACUGCAACCCCACGGUGGCUCAGGGGUGGCAUGGUGACUCAGUGAUUAGCAUUGCUGCCUCAUGGCACCAGGAACCAAGGAUCAAUUCCACCCUUGGGGCAACUGUCUGUGUGGAGUUUGUGGAGGGUAGGAGAAUGGAUGAGAUAAGAAACCGCUGCCUGCCUUGAGACAAGUCUCCUGGAGAGAACUUGCUGACUGAUUGUCUGAUCUACUGAUCCUCACAGUGCCCCAUUGCCCUCAGUUAACUGGAGGAAGUCCACACAGAUGUACCGAAGCCCCUCUUUGGACUGUGGAAGGAAACCUGUGCAGACAGGGAAAACAUGCAAACUCCACACAGACAGUUACCUGAGGCUGGAAUUGAACUUGGGUCCCUUAUGCUGUGAGGUAGCAAUGCUAAGCAGUGUGCUACCCCCCAAUAUGUUAUAAAAUUUGAAUAAACCUACUAAGUUGGAAA